AUGGGCAUCAUUCAUCGGCUCGCUAAGCGAGUAUCCUUUCCGGUCGCGUCGUCCCUCGAUAAUGUCAAUAACGAGAAGAGCUCCGUAAUACCACGAUUUGCAUUCUUCAAACGCCGAAUACGAUUGAGAAGAAACUCGGCCAUUUCAAUUCCUUUAGGAUUUGUUUUAUUAUUUCCAUGCAUUGUAAUUAUUCUCAUUGUUCUUCUGAUUGUCACCCACCCUUCUUCAUCUGGUGGCAUUUUAUUACCAGCCGGCACUCCUCCAUCAAUAAGAAAGAUUAGUGAGAAAUAUGACAAAGUCUUCGCGACCGGUUGUCUUGAGAUCGAUACCUCGACGCCCAGAGCCAACGCCGCCUUCGUAGUUCUGGCCCGAAACAAAGAGCUAGAGGGUGUGAUUCAAUCGAUCAAAUCAAUCGAGAGGCAUUUUAACAGAUUCUGGCAUUACCCAUAUGUUUUUCUAAACGAUGGAGACUUCGAGGAAUCUUUUAAAGCCACUGUACGAAACUACACCAGCGCCCCGGUUGAGUUUGGGAAAAUCGAACACAGUAUGUGGGGCUUUCCUGAUUGGAUAAGCCCUGAGGUAGCGAAAGAGGGUAUUCGAAAACAGGGAGAUGCCGCCAUCAUGUAUGGUGGGAUGGAGAGCUAUCACCACAUGUGUCGUUUUUAUUCAGGUUUUUUCUAUAAACAUCCCUUGCUAAUGAACUACGAAUGGUAUUGGCGUCUUGAGCCCGAUAUCAAAUACUUUUGUGACAUUACCUACGACCCCUUUCUUAAAAUGAUAGAACAGAACAAGACUUAUGGGUUUACCAUUGCUGUCAAAGAACUCCGAGAAACCGUACCCAAUAUUUUCCGAUAUGCCUCCGCCUAUAAACGAAGCAAGAAUUUGAAGUCAAAAGGGCUCUGGGAAAUGUUUUUGGAAGAGCCAGAAGAACCAGAAGUGCCGAAGAGAAAGCCUGCAGAGGACUCGCUGCCAGACGAAAUCUUGCAGACAUCACCCGGUGAUCGUGGCAUUCGAGAUAUUGACCCAGAAGCGAUGGAAGGUGAAAAAUACAACAUGUGCCAUUUUUGGAGUAAUUUCGAAAUUGCGCGACUCGAUUGGUUCCGGAGUAAAGAGUACGAAGACUUCUUCACAAUGAUGGACCGAAGUGGAGGCUUCUGGAUGGAAAGAUGGGGUGAUGCUCCUAUUCAUUCACUUGCUGCUGGUGCGUUGUUGUCUCCCAGCGACAUACAUUACUUCCGAGACUUUGGAUACCGGCAUACGACAAUUCAACAUUGCCCUGCAAACGCCCCCGCUCGUCAACGUGAUCGCACUCCGUGGUUGGAAAUGACUACGGAGGAUGAAAAGAAACGUCAAGAGGAAGAUGAAUACUGGGAUACCCCAGAUCCUCCAAAAGAAAAUGGGGUUGGCUGCAGGUGCAGAUGUGAUACCGAUAUCGAUGACGUCGAGGGCAAGCAAGGUAGCUGUUUGGCCGAUUGGGUCAAGGUCGCCGGCGGCUGGGCUUCGCCAUAA